AUGACCAGUUUCCCUAACUCAGAUCUCAAUACUCGACGCGCGAUAUUCUCUAUCUCAGCAGUUUUUCUCUUCCUCUUUACUUCGAUGGGAUCAGGCUUGACGAUAACAGAUUCCUCGAGUAUAUCUAUUUCUUGGGAUACUGGUUCUGGUGCUGAUUCUGCCUUCUCAAUUUUGGUAUUAGUAGGGUACCAUUUAGGCAAGUUAGGUUUGCCGAUUGAGUUAGCAUAUGAGUAUGGGUCUUCAGAUUUCCAAAUUUUAUUGCACUUUGGGUUACCGAUUUUAUACCACUCCGAAACUUUUUUAGAUCCACCCUUCAAGGCUUUGGCAUAUAGUAUACAGCUGAUAUCGUCUUUAGCUAAUCGCACAAGAGGUGGUCUUGUUUUAAGAAAAUAUCUAGGUUUAUUAUCAACGAUAUCAUCUAGACAAGCCAAUCAAGCAAGCAUCUGCAAAGAUACACAAGCUAGACUUGCAGAGCUCAAAGGAGUAGCAUUGAAUACAAUACCCUAUCCACGUUCUAAUACUAUUUUAACUCAAUAUCAAGAGGAGAUUAGAAAUUUCGAAAACAAAGCCAAUUAUCAAGAAAUAGAUUUUAUCGACAAGUUAGCUAACUGGUUAGCUGGGCCAGAAAAGAGUUAUAAGCCAAAGAAAUUGGAUCCGGUUCCUACUACAAUGGAUGAAUGGGUAGAUAAAUAUUUAUGGCUUGAAAAAGAAGAUCCAGUUCGACAUGCAGAUAAUUCAAUUACAUGGUUUUCAAGACGCAUUCCAGAAUUAGCACCUCAGAAAAAGUCAAAUGAUCAUGGAUAUGAGUAUUGGAAACUUUCUAUUGACGUAAAUAAACCACAUAUUACAUAUGAAUAUGCCAGUAAAAUUCGUAAUCUGAUGGAUGAUGGUGAGGAAUAUAUUAUUGGAAUUGUUAAUAGUUGGGAAAUGGGUAGAAUGGAAACACGAAUACAAUUUGAUGAUAAUGAUAUACCUAGAAGUUCAAAAGAGGAAUGGGUUCUAGAAGAAAAACAUGAAUGGAAAAUGGAGUCUCAUGGAUGGAUGCCAUCAUUCAAAGAAUAUUCUAAUGGAAAAAUCAGUAUACAUAGGCUUUUAAUGACAGAUCAGACAGCAUGUCCAGGUAUUCAUGAAGAUGGAACAGUUUGGUGGCAUACUCAAUUGCCAAUUCGCGUUCAUCAUAAAAUGGCAUUAAAAAUUCGAUCAUUGCUUCAUUACGCUACAGAAUACACACUCUUUACUAAAAUUUGGAUGGCGACUGGAGCAGUGGAAGAAGGAAUUGCAGAUAAAGGCUGGCAUUUUGGUAAGAAAAAGAAGGUUGGCAGUCUUACUGAAGAAGAAAUUACACCAGGACAACUUAUGGGAAUUGAUGAAUAUUUAUGGGAAAAGACUCGUGAAUAUGUAUCGCAUAUUUGUUAUGAACUUCGGCCAGUUCCAAUACCACAAGAAGGAACAAAGCAGGCUAAAGGGCUAACGCCAGCUCGUGAAAGAGCCCUUGUAGAAUUUAACAAAAAAGUUUUGAAACCAGGUUGUACUUUGAAGGACUUACAUAUUCUCGAAAAGGAUGAGAAGGAUGGGGGUUUAGGAAUGAAAAUUAUCGUUAAAGAUAUCUUAGGUAAUGAAAUGUGGAAUAGCGGUAAAUAUAAAAAGCGUAGUACAUUAACU